AUGAACAAAUCAGAUUUUAAGUGUGGAUUUUGCAAACAAGGUGUCGAAGCUGAGCAUAUUUGCGGUAAGCUCUGGCAUGAUAAAAAUACAAAAUGUACCUCUCACCAGCGAUGCAUGAAAUGUUCUAUAUGUUGUAAAAGUGGUAAAAAAUCAAAAAAUAACUUGGGAGGAGGAGCAACUGCAGGCUGUGCAAUCUCGAAAUGUAAAAAAACUUUUCAUUUCUACUGUGCAAAAUUAGAUAGGAAUGCUAGAACCCGAAGAAUUGUUCUUAGAAAUUUUAAUGAUUCUGAUGAACCACAAAUACUCUACAGAGUUUUUUGCAGUGAGGAACAUGAGGAGAUGUUCAACAAAAUUCAAAAAAAUAUAGAUUAUUCUGAAGACACUGAUAACGAUGAGUAUAAGAGUGAUUACACGUUAUCAUCAGAUUCAUCUGACUCAUCUGACGCCAGUGGAAAUGAAGAUGCAAAUGAUAAGAAAAUUGGUAAAGCCAAUAAGGAAACACUUCCAGUCUGUGAAACUCAAGAUUCUGGUCAUCUAACAUAUCACGUUAUAUGCUUUGUUGAGAACGCAGAGCAUUUGGUUCCAUCAAAAUUUGAAGUUCUUGUAAAGAGAGCAAAAGAUUUGUUUGAUGCUGAUGCCAGUAAGGUUUUUCUAUGGAAGUAUAACCUUGAAAGAUUCACGUCACAACACAUGCUCUAUCUCCUUCUUGAUAUCAGCCAAGCACUGCAAGCAAAGAAUGUUUUUGAGAUAAAAAGACUGGUUUGUUUGCUGGACAACAAAGACAUUGAAAGAUAUGAACAGUUGAUGCAAAGAGCAGCUAGUGAAGACAAAUCAAACAAUAAUGAAGAUAAUAAAAUAAAUGGUAAGCUAACUAAUAUCAAGACUGAGGACAAAGUUCAAAAUGAACCUGUAAAAUCUAUUUCUAAUUUAGAAGAAAAAAAUAAUGUUUUAAGGCAGAAAAUAGAAAAUAACUUAGACCAUGCAAAUGAAAAAUUUAAUCAAUUGGUUGGGAAGUAUUGUCUUCUUAACAUGCCAGAGGAUACACAUAUCGUCUUCUUGGCUCUCUGUGAUGUGACCGAUCCACAUGGAGAAAUAAGAUACCACAUGAAGAGACCAAGCCGAGUGAAAAAGGAAACCAAAUGUGUCGAAGAAAUUGCAAAAGAUGAUCAAGUAGAUCUGAAAGAUCCUGUUGGCACUAGUGGUACAACUCAACAAAAAUCUUCUCUGGAUGCUGGAAAGAAAGAAAAGAUUGAAUGCCAGGGAGGAGUUUAUGUCUUGGAAUCAGAAAAGGCAUGGAGUACGCAGAAUGUAAUAAGAAAAUUGGUGGACCUUAUGCUGCAACUUGUUUUAAGAGGAAGUCAACGAGGUCUCCUCAUUUGGGACUCUGCAAGCACUCAUCGUGCAAAGGAUAUGAAAAUCUUCUUGGCAGAAAGAAGGGUUGAUCAGGUUAUGAUCCCAGCAGGGAUGACUGCUUACCUCCAGACCUUGGACAUUGCAAUAAACAAGCCUUUCAAGGAUUACCUCAGACUUGAAAUCAAUGAUUAUAUUGAGAAUACGAUGUCAAGGAACAAAAAUAACAACUUCGUGAAGCCUAAUCUGCAGGAGGUAGUCUCUUGGGUAAGGAAUGCAUGGGGCAAAGUCACUGAUAGCUGUGUUGCAAAGGCUCUGAAAGCAGGGUACUUGGACAAAACAUCGCCAUUUGAAGCGAGCUACAUCGCAAAACACGAUAGAUUGGGACCUAUGAUACUGAAGGAGCUGGAGUCAAAUGAAAUCUUGGCUGGAAUUCAAGGUCUUGAUCUGGAAGAAAAUGAUGAUAUCCCAGAAGAUGAUGAUCUUAUUGUAUUUGAAUAA